CAUCUCCUCAAGGUAUGCAAGGCUAAUUCCUUCCAUCAUGCAGGAUGAAGCUGAUGAGAUGUUGAGCAGAGGCUUUAAGGAUCUGAUUUAUGAUGUCUACAGAUAUCUCCCACCAGAACUCCAGUUUGACAAAUUUGGUUGGAACCAAACCAGUGGCGACGUGCUGCCCACUCGCGAGUGCUGGCAACGGCAUGGCCUGGCUGGUCGUCGGUGAGGAGAGGAGACCAGGCAGCAGGAGGAUCAGGAUCAGGAACAAGAAGAAGAAAGGCAGGCUGGCAGGCAGGCAGGCAACUCCAAGAUCGAUGGAUCGAUCAGGCCAGGCAGCCCAGCCAUCGAUGGCGCGGUCCUCGUCGGGCUUGGGCCUUGCUCGGUCCUCGUCGGGCGUCUGGUGGAAGCUGGGCGACGGCGAUGCGUCGGAGGUGGAGCGGCGGCUGCGCGGCAUCGCCGAGGAGGAGGCCGCCGUCAGGGCCCGCAUGGAGAGGCGCCACGCCGUCCGCCGCAGGAUCGCCGUCACCUCCAUGAGCCUCGAGGUGGCGGCGGUGGUGUACGGCCUGUGGAAGGCCACAAGGCGGGGCUUGAGCGGCAGCAAGCUCAAGCUGCUGCUGCCUGCCGUCGCCAUACCCGCCAUGGCCACCCUGGUGCUCGCAGCCUUCGCCCGAUUCCGGAGAAGCUUGGAUGCGCGGGACCAGCAGCAUCUGGAUCGCCUCCGAACCGAACGCAAGGCAAAGAUUGGCAGCUUCAGGGGAAGCCACCACAACUUGCAAAAGCUCAUCGAGAAGUACGAUCCCGAUGGUGGUGACGACGACGGUGCCGCCGGCGGCAGCAGCAGCAGCAGCAAUGAUGCGGCUACCAGAAAGCAGCAGCAGCAGCAGCUCAAGAGGACGCACUCGCGGUUGAGCUUCCAUGUGGGAGAGGGAGACGAAUGAAUGAGUCCAACCAAUGCAAUUCCUUUCAUCUCUUGUACCUUAUAUAUACGCAUGGUAUGCAUGCAUGCAUAUCUCUCACUAUAUAUGAUGGAUGGAUAUGUAAACAUGAUUAUUGUUACCAUUCGCCAUUCGGGACUAAUGAAUGAAUGAAUGAAGGA